UUUGGGCAGUCAGUUCAUAGCAACUCUACUAUCCACCAUGAACGCUAAGCUCCUCGUCCUCCUUGGCCUGGUCGCCGUCGUGGCCGCCGACAGCAGAGAGACUUACGCCUACCGCGCUCCUCGGGCAUCCUCCGAGGAAUCCUUCGAGUCCACCGAGGCCAAGUACGACUUCCAAUGGGCCGUCAGCGACGACUCCUCCAGCAACGAGUUCGGACACCAGGAGGCCCGUGACGGCGACGACACUCAGGGAUCCUACUACGUGCAGCUCCCCGACGGCCGCCUGCAGAAGGUCACCUACUACGUCGACGGCGACUCCGGCUACGUGGCCGAGGUCAGCUACGAGGGCGAGGCUCGCUAUGACUCCGUCGAAUCAGCCGAAUCUUCCGAGUCUGUAGAGCACAGAUCACGAUACUUCUACGACUCGAACGAAUCAAAGUAACUUGCUCAUUAUAAGUUUUAGAGUCCGGGUAUUAAGCCAAAAGUAGGUAUGGAUGUGGCACUUACCCAAGUUUCACAUUUCCUUAUCUAUUAAACCUCAUUAGUUCUGAAUGUACAAACGUCUCCAACCAAGAAAUCAAUGGAAAUGGUGGUUUUAGUUCAAUCUAAACUACCAAGACCUUUUUUUCAUUAAUAGCAAAAUGUAAAAAAAUAUUUAUAUCUCUCUCAGAUUUAUAUUCAGAUUAUUUAUUACUCUAUCAAUAAAUGAUGGUAGCA